CCCCUUGACUUUCUGCAGCUCCUGAGCCCCAUUGGCUGGAAGGCAAAGUAGAGGCGGAGAGUGCCCUGAAUAUUUCUCUCCUCCACACACCAUAAAACAGGCAGCCAGCAUGCACCGUCUGACAGUGAGACCGGUGCUUGCAGUUUGAAAUUAGUUUCUGCUCCACAGCAGUCACCUGGGCAUAUUAUGUUUGCCUCUCUUAAUGAAAGGAAACAAAAAAGCCUUGCAGCAUACCAGUGAACUAAACAGGAACUGACCAUAGGGGAAAUCUGAUGAAAACUUACAGGCUGUUGGGACUCUGCAACAUAGAUCACCCAGGCAAAUGUGAUGAUGAUCUGAAACUGCAUCUCUGAGGGAGUAAACCAGCAUUUCUGAGUUUGAAACCUUGUUUUGUAACAACAGUCAAAGUGUUCUGAACUGCUGCCUGCUUUGGUGCUGGCUUAUUUUUCUUUUCCUCCCAAGCUGAAAAGAAGAUUUUCAGAGAAAUACAAAAGGAACAGGAGAUUUAAAAGCUGGAAGCUGAAAGAGGCUCUCCAUAAGAUGAAUUUCACACAGCACCGCGGGACACUCCAGCUUCUCCAUUUCUGGAACCACAGCUAUGGACUGCAUGGAGGUGCCAGUGAGCCCAAUGCAAAGGGCCAUUCUUCGGGAGGCUGCUACGAGCAACUCUUUGUAUCCCCUGAAGUGUUUGUGACUCUGGGCAUCAUCAGCUUGCUGGAGAAUGUCUUGGUCAUUGUGGCAAUAGCCAAGAACAAGAACCUCCAUUCACCCAUGUACUUCUUCAUCUGUAGCUUGGCAGUGGCUGACAUGCUAGUGAGUGUAUCUAAUGGAUCGGAAACUAUUGUCAUCACGCUGCUAAACAAUACAGACACAGAUGCACAGAGCUUUACCAUAAACAUUGACAAUGUCAUUGACUCAGUGAUUUGCAGUUCCUUGCUUGCAUCAAUUUGCAGUCUCCUCUCAAUAGCAGUGGACAGGUACUUUACUAUAUUUUAUGCCCUCCAGUACCAUAAUAUCAUGACGGUGAAGCGCGUAGGGGUCAUCAUCACAUGCAUAUGGGCUACUUGCACAGUCUCAGGCAUUUUGUUCAUAAUUUACUCUGACAGCAGUGUUGUCAUCAUCUGCCUCAUUAGCAUGUUCUUCACUAUGCUCAUUCUCAUGGCAUCCCUCUAUGUCCACAUGUUCAUGAUGGCUCGGAUGCAUAUCAAAAAGAUUGCUGUUCUUCCAGGGACUGGCCCUAUUCGCCAAGGGGCCAACAUGAAAGGGGCCAUCACUCUCACCAUCCUCAUUGGAGUUUUUGUUGUGUGCUGGGCUCCAUUCUUCCUGCACCUGAUUUUCUACAUCUCCUGUCCCUACAACCCUUACUGUGUGUGCUUCAUGUCUCACUUUAACUUCUACCUCAUCCUCAUCAUGUGCAAUUCCAUCAUUGAUCCACUCAUCUAUGCAUUCCGGAGUCAGGAGCUCAGGAAAACAUUCAAGGAGAUUAUAUGCUGCUGUAGUCUGAGAGGGCUUUGUGAUUUGCCUGGCAAAUAUUAAACUGAGUGGGUAUGUUGCUGUGAACACAACAUGCAGCACAGAUUUCUAAGACUUCAGAUCCUCUUUCUCAGCAAAAUUUGUGUUAAAUCUUUGAGAGUGAGCUCCUCUUUCUGUCUCUAUAGCUCUUGCCCUUGUAUCCUGUACAUGUGUAACUCGUAUUUCUGUAUAAUGUUUGUGAUAUCUACAGUUUGUAAUUUAUUUGGCUCUAAAGAGAAUUAGCACUUCAUACUUGUUUGUAAGUAAGUAAACAACUGUAAUGGUGAAUGUGAAAUACCAACAAACAUGAGCAGCUGUAUGUUCCAACAACUGUCAAAAUAAAUAACUUUCCUUACUUACAG